AUGGACACUAAUUCAAAAUCAGCUUUGAUGGAUUUUAUAAAUUCCAAUUUAUCUCAGAUUCCCUUUAAAACACUCCGCGAACAUGAGCAAGAGCCCUCUGAUGAACACAAAUUACAUGCAAUGAAGGAAAUUCUGUAUACGGAUCCGGGUUUGUUCCUUUCGAAGUGGGGGAAAUAUCUGCCCAAUGAGCAAUUGUCCAGGUUUGAAGUUCUUAGAGAUGAUUAUGAAGUUCAAUGGCAUCUGGAACAGUUUAAGAAGGAACGCACAGAGAGAACGGCUCCAUUAGACACACAACAGUCAAGUCGCCCAUUUGAGAGGAAAGAUACGAAGAUUCUUAACAGGAGAUAUGUGUACCUGAUUACCAGGCUUGACAAUACAGCAUAUUUUAGUGACGAAGAGAUGGAAAUGAGAGAUCCGUUGCUAUAUGAAGAAUAUGUUGGAAAGUAUAUACCGAAUCAAGAGAGGUAUCCUCCGUUCAGUGAUAAUACAAAUCUUGUGGAUAGAAUGUAUUAUGAUAUAGACCAAUUCCACAUUCGUGAAAGAAGAGAACAGGAACAACGUAUAAUGGAAGAACAGACACCAGAAUCCGAAACAUCAGAUGAUGAAGAUGUCCCAGCCACCCCUCCCAUCAAUGGAAUCUAUAAACAUAAUGCCCUUCAAAAUGGUCAUCGGACGUAUUCAAUGGACGUUGAUACUAGCAACAAUAAUGAGGCAUCGCCAACAACUAGCAGUGAUGUAUCAAUAGAUGCCGCUCAACGUGGAUUGGUAGAUUCGGAGCGACAUAUACCCCAAAUAUCAGAAGAAGAAAAACGUGGGUUCAGAACACAGCUUGUUGAUAUCAUGAGAGAGAAAUUUCUUAGCGGAAAUGAUCCUGAUUUUGAUUAUAAUUCUGUUGAUUAUAAUGAAGAGUAUGAUGAUAAUGAACAAGAGGAUAAUGACAUCCAAGAUGCAUAUUUUGAUGAAGAGGAACCAAACGAAAUGCAAGGAGAAUCGUCAGGAACAGGAAUUCAAGACUUUUGA